GGAGUGAGGGGAGAUCUAUGAUGCAUUAGAACCCGACGCACUAAUUAGACAUUUAAUUGGACUAGCAUCUUGACUCAGCUCCACGUCGGCGCCCUUGCCAGCCUCCAUGCGCUUGUUUGCUCACCGUCCCAGCUCAAGCUCUCGUCCAGAUCAUGUGCAUGGCUAUGUCUUCACGGCUCUCGUGAUCUCAUCUACACCCUAGUGGCACAAUUCACCCUGCUAUGUUGAUUACACGCGACCGCUGACGCGUUUCUGCUGGCUCUGUUCUGUGCCGUGCUGAGCUGCUCGUGGUUUUUUGAGUGUCGACGGAGCUGGGUUUGGAUUCGUUUUGGGUUGAUUCGGCUCGGUUGCGGGUUCAGCACUAUUAGUGGGGAGUUCAUGUUGUUUUUGAGGUAGAAGGGUGGGAUCUUUGGUUUGUGGGUGUGAGGAGAGCCCGUAGGAUAUAGCUGUAGGAUAUAGGAUUACUGUUUUGUAUGUGUGAGAUCGUGUGCGGUGGAGGGUAUCUUGUUGUGGAGUUUGAUAGUGUUGCAUUGGUGGGUUUUCUAGAGGAGUGUUGGAUCUUGCUUGGGUGUCAUCAUCUGCUAGUGGUCAAUUGUAGUGUGGAGUGUUGAGAGGCCGUGUGUGUGUGUGUGUAGUGGAUGCGGCAGAUUGCCAUCCUCGUAACUGGAGACGUGUGGGUUUUGAGAUAGGGAAGGUAGUGACGGGGGCUUUGAGGUUGUGGGGUGGUGGUAUUUGUGGGGAUCAGUGAAGAUGGCAGGGGGUGCGAUUGCUGGAGGUAGGAGGCUGUUGCUACCUAGAUUGCAGGCGUUGGCUUCGUGCCGCAGAGGUUUGAGCUUGGCUGCAGAUGCCAGUAAGGAGGUGCGUCCCGAGGCGGGAGUGCCCCAGAUGCCUGCCUUUGAUUACACGCCCCAGCCUUACGAUGGGCCCAAGGCCGACGAGAUUCUGGCAAAGCGGAAGAAGUUUCUCAACCCCGCCCUCUUCUUAUACUACAAGAAGCAUCUGAAUAUUGUGGAAGGAAAGAUGCAGUACCUGUUUGAUGAGAGUGGUCGGCGCUACUUGGACGCCUUCGCAGGCAUUGUGACAGUGUCUGUAGGCCAUGGUCACCCCACAGUGGUAGAUGCGGUCGUGAAGCAGACCAAAUUGCUACAGCACACAACUACCAUCUACCUCCACCAUGCCAUUGCCAAUUAUGCGGAAGCUCUUGCUCAGCGCAUGCCUGGCAAUCUCAAGGUUGUUUACUUUGUCAACUCUGGAUCUGAGGCGAACGACAUGGCCAUGAUGAUGGCUCGCCUGUACACGGGAACCUUCGACAUUGUUUCUCUUCGAAAUGCUUAUCACGGCAUGAGCCCCUCUACCAUGGGUCUCACAGCGCACAGCACCUGGAAAUACAACGUGGCCCAGGGCUUUGGAGUACACCAUGUAAUGAACCCCGACCCUUAUAGAGGUCCUUUCGGUGCCGAUGGCAAGCUCUACGCCAACGAUCUUGCCAACCUUAUUGAAUCAGCCACACCUGGUCGCAUUGCUGGCUUCUUUCACGAGACUAUCCAGGGUGUGGGUGGAGCUGUGGAACUUGCACCGGGGUACUUGCCAGCAGCAUACGACAUCGUGAGAAAGGCUGGAGGCUUGUGCAUUGCAGAUGAAGUGCAGACCGGCUUUGGUCGGACAGGUAGCAACUUCUGGGGAUUUCAGAAUCAAGGUGUAACUCCUGACAUUGUUACACUUGCUAAGGGAAUCGGUAAUGGGCUGCCAUUAGCAGCUGUAGUGACUACACCAGAAAUUGCACAAGUGCUUGCACAACGAUUGCAUUUCAACACAUAUGGGGGCAAUCCUGUGUGCUCAGCUGCAGGCCACGCUGUGCUAGAGGUGCUGGAAAAGGAAAAGAGGCAGGCGCACUGUGCAACAGUCGGGGACCAUCUCUUGCACCGACUUCGUGCUCUUCAAGACAAGCAUGAUAUUAUUGGUAACGUGCGGGGCCGGGGUCUCAUGCUGGGCGUUGAGUUGGUAAAAGACCGAACAACCAAGGCUCCAGCGAAAGAAGAGACUCUUCUUCUUUUUGAGCAACUGAAAGACCUCGGAGUUUUAGUUGGGAAGGGCGGGCUUCAUGGAAAUGUCUUUAGAAUCAAGCCUCCUAUGUGUUUCUCAAUGGAAGAUGCAGACUUUUUGGUGGAUGCCAUGGACCACGUCAUGUCCAAGCUUUGAACGGAGCUGAUGAUAUUCAUGUCUUAGUGUCAAUUGCACUUUAAGGUCCGUGACCAUGCAGAUAAUGUUGAAAAGUUAGGUGAAGGUUGUAGAACAGGGCUACUUGUACCUUUGCUUAUUUCCGAUUAAACGUUAUGUUGGUGCAAGUUUGGUGAUGAUUUCCACCAAGCUGAUUGUGAAGUUACUAUACAUGUGUAUGUAAUUAAUACUAUGAUGUAAUAAAGUGUAAGGCAUUAAUGUUCACGGUUCUCCGUUACAGUGCCCCACAAUUCUGAUCA